GGCGGCGGCGGCGGCGGCGUUGCGGGCGAGGAUGGCGGACCCGGCGGUGUGCAGCUACGUGGCCAAGGUGCUGUGCUCGCGGGGCGGCCGCGCGCGGCUGGACGAGCUGCCCCAGGAGGUGGGGCUGUCGCCGACCCAGCUGCGGCAGGUCCUGGAGGACGCGGGGCCGGCGCGCUUUCUGGUGCGCAGGCAGGGCGGCGUGGCCUGGGUGCUGGCCGCCUCGGCCGUCCGCCUCUGCGUGCGCCAGGCCUGCGGGGACUGCGAGCGCCUGCACCUCUGCAAGCUCAACCUGCGCGGGAGGUGCCGGUUCAGCAAUUGCAAGUACUCUCAUGACAUUUUAUCAGAAGGUAACCGGAAAGUUUUGAAGAAUCAUGACCUCUCUGGCCUCAAUGAAGAGGAACUGUGUGUGUUGCUUCUCCAAAACGACCCUUUUCUUUUACCUGAUCCCCCAACAGAAGAAUAUCGGGGUCUCUCUGUUGCUCCAUCUUUCCAGGUUUGCGGUGCCUAUAACAAAGGGGAAGGGAGCUGCCCUCAGCAAGAUAACUGCACCCAGCUUCACAUCUGCCGCUACUUUCUCAAAGGAGAGUGCAGGUUCCCCCAUUGCAAGAGGUCGCACAACCUCCUGGACCCCAAUUCUGUGAGGCUGCUGCUCCCUGAAGGCCUGGACAGCAACGUGAUUUGGAACAUCCAGAUGAUCUGCGACGCCAGAACCGCUGCCUUGAGGGAAGACCUCACUUCCUACAGAAGAUCCUCCACAAAUCCCACCCCUGGAGCAAGUGGAGAACGCUCAAACGCUGCGCGUCCAAAAGACGACAGACACCGGCCAACACCUAACGCUAAAGAUUUUGUGAAUCUAGGCCAUCCUGACCAAGGUGUGAAGACAGCUCCUCCUCCUAAACCUUUGAAUGCAGAGAAGAAAAAAAGCGAUGAAAUCUGCCUGUACUAUGUCUGGCAGUUCUGUAAAAAUAAAAACAAUUGCAGUAAUAUCCAUUAUGAUCUGCCUUAUCGGUGGCAGAUAUUUACCGAUAACGGCUGGAAGGAUCUGCCCAGAAGAGAGGAAAUCGAAAAGGCUUACUGUGACCCACGUAUUACCAGUUUUCCAGAUCUAGACCUAAAUUUCAGGACCAUGACUUCUGCCGCUGCUCCAAUCCGGCGCUUGUCCACUGUGUCUUCUGUCACCAGAAACGCCAAGUUCGUCAUGACAACCAAGUGGCUUUGGUACUGGAAGAAUGACCUGGGCCAGUGGAUCGAAUAUGGGAAACAGGAUAGGCGACUCCAGCAUGCCAAUCUGACCUCGGAUGAUCUGGAGAACGUUUUCCUAGCAGAUCCAAAUGGAAAUAUCUCCUUUGAAGCUGGCUCUCAGAAAUAUUUGCUGAGCUUUAAAGAUAUGACCCAGAAAAAUUUGAGCUAUCCUACCUGGCAAGAGGUCCGAAGGCGUCCCAAAUUUGUUUCCUCUGAAGAUGUCAAGACAAAACAAGGCUUGCUCAAGCCUGUCCACCGCUCUUCCCACUGGCAUCCCCAACCUCCUCCUCCUGCUCCGAUCAUGAUUGGCGGCCAACAGCACUUUGAGGUCAAGGAGGUCGUUGAUUCCCGCAAGCGUCGAGGCACCCUCCAGUACCUGAUCCGCUUGAAACACUUUCCUCACCCUGAGUGGGUGCCUGCUCACCACGUUAUUGCUCCUGAUUUAGUUAACCGUUUCCACUUAGCUUACCCUUUGAAGCCAUCUGCUUAUGAUUUUUUUUUCUUUUAGGGGGGCGGUAUGUCAUGUUCACCAUUUCUAUGUGCAUUGUACAUCGUAACGUUUCACAUGCCAAGGCGCUGACGCGCGUUUCUGGUUGGGAGGGAGCUGCUGUGGGACCUUGUACUGAGCUCUCUCUGUGUUCAUUUCGAUGGAAUGUGUUUGGGUUAUGUGCUCUGCGCAAGGCCUUUUCCCGCUGGUCAGCAGAACUCGUUAGGAGCACCUGGGAUUGUGAAUUUGAGACGAUUGUACGGGGGGGGGGACUUCACUUGUAUUGGGGUUUUUUAGUUUGAUUUUGGCGCGCUUUCAUCAUUCUCAGCUUUCUUUGUACUUGCAUACUAUUCUUAAAUAAACCAGAUAUUAUUAAGCUCCUGCUUGUGAGUCUGAGAGUGUUUUAGAAUAGGCAACCAUCACACAUUGUCACUUUGAGGUCGUCAUGGCUUGCAUUGGACACCUGCUUCAUAAGUUAACAUUACAGUUAGGUUUUACUGUUUCUGGCAAACGUUCUGGGCUGUUCGUUCUUGCUAUGCUAGCUUCUGUACUGGAAGCAGUGGCAGAGGGCUUAAAAUCCCCUGUUGCUAGUUGCAAAAAGACCUGUUCAGAAAAAAUAGGCAAUCACAGCCUGUGCCAAAGUGUUUGAAUAGCUUGAGGCAUCUCUAAAAUGAACAGCUAAAAUGAAGGGGGCCAGAAACUGCUUGUAGUUGGAAAAAAACCCAGAUACCCUAAAAAACAGUUGUGGGGGAAAGAGAGAAGGCUAAAAGAAAAUUGUGGCAGUGGAUUAUUUUUCUGCUACUCCCAGGGUGUGGAAUCAUCCAAUGUCAUUUUGAUUGUUGGUUACUGUAAAAACAGCUGAACUGCUAUGCAGUGUGCACAGGACAUACAGUUAAAUCAAAACCCGAACUUUGUCUUGACAAACAAUAACGUAAUUGGAUCUGUUGAUCAUUUGGUAAGAUUGCUGUCUUUGGGUAUUGAAAUUUGAUUCCCCCCUCCCAAGUUUUGUUAUUUCACGCUCGCUUGCACUUAAGGACAAACACCCCUUUUUAAGCCUGUUCUUCCGGUUGGGAGAGAGCCCUCUGAAGCUCUUUGCCAAGCAGGAGAACGGAAAGAGACAAAGGAAGUGGGGCGGGGGAGCCUUGCUGAAAAUAGCCCAGAAGGGAUCUGAACCUGAGUGCAGAGAAAGGAGCCCCUCCGUACUGUGGUCAGAGAUGAGGCUGGCCCUUGGCUAGGACUUCGGUGCCCCGGGGUGGGCCUGGCACUUCUCAGGGGAGGAAGUGAAACCUCUUUGCAGCAGGCUUCCCAAUUCGUGGGUCACAUCCCCAUCACCCUACAUCACAUCACCCUCUUUCUCCAAACGCUUCCCUGCCUCCGUUGCUCUUCCCAGAUUCCUCCUGACACUAAUGGAAGCCAAAGUCUCAGGGCUGACGAUAAAAAACCUGCCCGGAGCCUGAUUUUUUUUAUUGUUUCACCUACUUUUUCCCAGAGCAAAUUGUCUCCCAUGGGAGACAAUGGGAGACGUCUUCUAGUUGGAACCCGAUGGGGCAGAUUGGCUGUUCUUCCUCACCCUUUCCCUCUUGCUU